CUUGUUAAAAGAAAUUUUUUUCCUUCAAAGAGAGAUGAAUGCUCUUGAGAUGCUUUGUCCCUUGUUGUCCAAUAUUCGAAAUACCAAACUUUCCAUUAAUGGCAUCGCACUUCUCCAUCUCCUAUGAUCCUUCUUCCUCCACGUCUCUCCUUUCUCUACAUACUCAACAAACGAUCUUCCGCUCCAGUGACAAAGUAAACGAAUUUGAGAGAACCCAAUUGAGAAUUCCCGCUCUUUUCAGAGGAAAAGCUGCCAACUUGCAAACGAUGGCAUCAGGAAAUACACCUGGACUGACUCAGGAAGCUAAUAACUGCACUUAUGAGGCUAUAGUUUAUGGAGAAAACAACACUGACGUAUUCUACGACAUGAAACAGCGGUUCCUCGCCUUCAAGAAGCUUAAGUACAUGGAUAACUUAGAGCACUUCAAGAAGCUUGCAGAUGCUCAAGCUCCAAAGUUUCUGGUGAUUGCUUGUGCAGAUUCUAGGGUUUGUCCUUCCGCCGUCCUUGGAUUUCAACCGGGUGAAGCAUUCACUGUUCGUAACAUUGCAAAUUUAGUACCUUCCUAUGAGUCUGGACCUACUGAAACGAAAGCUGCGCUCCAGUUCUCUGUGAAUACUCUUGAAGUGGAGAACAUAUUAGUCAUUGGUCAUAGCCGCUGUGGAGGAAUUCAAGCUUUAAUGAGCAUGGAAGGUGAAGGAGACUCCAGAAGUUUCAUACAUGAGUGGGUAAUUGUGGGGAAAAAGGCAAAGGAGAGCACAAAAGCAGUUGCUUCAAACCUCCAUUUUGAUCAUCAGUGUCAACACUGUGAAAAGACGUCCAUAAACCAUUCAUUAGAAAGGCUGCUUGGUUAUCCGUGGAUAGAAGAGAGAGUAAGGAAAGGAUCACUGUCACUCCAUGGUGGUUACUAUGACUUUGUCAACUGUACGUUUGAGAAAUGGACCGUCGAUUAUGGAAGCAAGAAAGAAGGCAGUGGGAUUGCUGUUAAAAACCAAUCAGUUUGGUGAUGAGUGAUGACUAGUAACCAUCUCAGUCUUCAUUAGGAUUGUCUUUCAUAGUCUUAAGAAUCAUCAGAGAUUUGUGAAUUCAUGUUUCUUCCUUAUUGGUUUUCUUGAUACUAUCA